GACUUGAAAACUGAUGUGUUGAACAACAGCAGAGUAUGGAUCUGAAAGGUUUAACAGUUUAAUAAUGCAGAGGGUGGCCGUAUUGGUUUGCUCAGAGCCAAUCAUGCAAUCUUUUCAUAUUGUAAGCAGCCUCAUGUAUUUUUGGUUUUAUUGUCCAUUAUGUUUGUUGGCAUCUGCAAAAGCCUUAAGCAAGUUGUCACUCGAAUUUUUAAUGGAUACAUUCAUCUUGACAAUCUCAAGGUUUCCCAAAUUUGGAACCACAAUAAUUAUUUUAUUGUUUUAGAAGUAAUAAUUACGAUCUUGAAAACUAUUGCUAAGAUCUUUUGCGGAUCGGGAGAUAGACAAAGAUCGCGUGUUGACUUCGAAAGAUAUGACAGAGGUAGUGAUCAUAUGAUACACCCUUUAAAAAGCUACGAAGAAGAAAAAUGAUAAAGAUAUUGGCGACGAUUCAGCUACAAACAUUAACAGACUUGACUUUCUCUAGCAUGUAAUAAUUAUCGAGGUUUCUGGAAUCUCAAGUCUUUUCACUUCCUAAUUCACCGAGAUCCUGUCAGCUGUACUCGUCGUAUCUUGCAA